AUGCCGGCCGACACUCUCUUCAACAUGGCCCGCCGGGCAUGCAUCCGAUGCAGUGGCCGCAUUACAGACAUUGGAGACCUGGACUACGAACUCGUCCGACCAGUGCUGCUGAAGAUCGAGAGCCCCGAGAAAUUGCAUCAAAUCGAACGGGCCUCACCACAGAUCAUAGGCAAAGAUGCCGAGCUCUGGAUGACUUUCAUCAAACGCGACAUCGCUGACUGGCAUCUGAAACCCCAUGAGCCCAAAGACCCUAAGAACUGGUACAAGGUCUACUGCAAACUGAAGGAAGAUGCACGCCUGGCCGCCAUUGCCGACGAAGCCAUGUUGAAAGUCGCCUUGGCCAGCAUCAAGAACGAGAAGGAGCAGAAUGUGACCCAGAUUGCGUCGAGGGUCAAUCUUCCCGCCUCAAAGAGGGCUCGGAUCAACUACAACUACAUCAGCGGGAGGACAGGGAGCAAGGGAGCCCACAAGAUGACGAUGCUGGAGAAGAUCAAGAAAGAAGCUCGCGAUGCAAAGGCCUCGAGAAUGAACAGACCGAUGCAUGAGCUGCCGAAACGAGCCACAACCGUUACGAGGCCUCCCCAGCAAUUCGUGGACGACUUGAAGCAGAAAGCGGCCACUCCGGUGUCUCCUGCACUUAUUCGAAACCCCGGCCCAAUCCGGACUUCAAGGCCGCCUUUGCAUGCUCCCAAACCGGGACCAGCAGAACUCGACGCCUCGUACGAUCUGACAAGGGAUCGCGAAGCCAGACUGCGUGCACUGAAGAGCGGAAGGGCAGCAUCGAAUCCCACAGCGUCACUUCCGGGAUCGACGGCCAGAAAUCCACCUGUACCUGCCACACGGUCAGAUCCGCAGAUCCAGGCUCGCUUGACUCUCGACUUCUUAGAAACUCCCGACGAACACGACGUCGAACCGCCGCGAAAGCUGCUCAAAGUUAACGAGGAUGACAGACCAAGGUCAGGGAGUCCCAUGAGACUCAAUCCUCAACCACAGCGGCUGCAGCGAAAACUUCCACCCUCACCUUUCAUGUCGACUCCCAGGAAGAUGGCAAAGAGGCCGGGAAUAUCUUAG